UCAAACAGUAAUUACGUGUUUGUGAUUGAAUCGUGAUCGCAUGUGAAUAACGCGAAAUCUUAAAUUAAAACGAGUGUUCAAGCUUUUAAUUAAUUUCAGUGUUUUACUAUCACCUGUGACGUCAUAGUUUACUUGAAUUUGGUACAAUUAAACGCGUCAUUAUCUGCUACGUAGUGACCUAGAGCUGUACGUAGUAAUUUUUCAGCGAACGUAAAAAAACAAUGAUAUCAAAAAGAAAUGUCUGCCAAAAAGCCAGUAGCAGUCAACCCUAAAGAAAAACUAGAUAAGUGCUAAAACUGCCAUGACAUCCGAAGAACCGAUCGAUGUUGUCACCAAAUCCGAGAAAAAGACAGGAACGAGCUUCCCGAGUGAGAGUUCGGGUGACAAUAAAACAGCAAAACCCUCGGACGAACAUAAAAAGCGGUCGCAGGAACUAAUGCGACUCGUAUAUGAAUUACCUGAAGAUAUAAGGAAACCAGAAAUAAAUGUAAGCAUGUUAAAAGAAAAUCCACCGAUUACAAUACUUGAGAUAACUGAACAGAACGGUUGUGAAACAGAACUGGGAAGUGGCACGCAAAUUGAUAGUGAAUGUUGUAAAGGAUCUAGUACUGAUAAUGCAUACGAUGCUUAUCCAAACGAAAUUAUAAUGCAAUGUGAUGAAUACAAAGAGGUUAUAGAUAGAUCAUCACCGGACGAUUGUACAGAUGAAGAUUUGCUCGAAUUAAAGAAAAUCUUAGAGAACAAACCGAAACUAUUGGAAAGAUAUUUAAGGGAAUGCGCGUCUUCUGACGAAGUGAACCGGAUUCACAAUAUAACGUCAUGCGGUCCAUUGUCACCAAGGCCACACCACGAAGCGAGAAGUACAUCAGUGACGUCAGAUCUGUUCCAGUUAUGGCUGUCGUCAUCACCAGUAAAGAGAUCGAGGUCGCCGAGCAGUUCCGCACAGAGGCAGCUGGACGAAGCAGAUCUGUUUAUGGACUUGAUCAAAGACGUCGCCAAUGAGCUGGACAUUGAUGUACUAUGUCAUAAGAUCUUGGUGAACGUAUGCUUGUUGACAUCAGCAGACCGCGGCAGCUUGUUCCUAGCCAAAGGAAUUCCACCCAAUAGAUAUCUUCAAGCUAAACUCUUCGAUGUGACCAGAGACACAGAACUAUACGAUGCGCUUCGUACAGCCAGAACACAAGAGAUUAGAAUACCUUUCGGCGUCGGCGUCGCAGGUUUAGCAGCGCAGACAAAACAUCCUAUCAACAUCAGAAAUGCAUACGCAGAUCCCAGGUUCAACAGUGAGAUAGACGCGCGUACUGGAUAUAAAACGGAGUUGAUACUCUGUAUGCCGAUCUGCAACUACGAAGGAGAUGUGGUCGGUGUGGCACAGAUUAUAAACAAAACAGAUGGUUCAAAGGAAUUCUCUGCAAGAGAUGUAGAAGUAUUCCGACGGUACCUCACAUUCUGUGGUAUCGGUAUACAGAAUGCUCAACUCUUUGAAUCCUCUGUGCUAGAAUAUAAAAGGAAUCAGAUACUUCUAGCAUUAGCUAGAAGUAUAUUUGAGGAGCAGAGUAAUUUAGAAUGUCUUGUGACGAAAAUAAUGACGGAGGCGCGAGAGUUGCUCAAAUGCGAAAGAUGUGCUGUCUUCUUGUUGGAUACGGAUCAUUGUGAAUCGAGUCAUCUAGAGCGCAUAGUACAACGUCCUGGCGGACAGCGCAGCGGCACUUUAGCGCUGCCGCCGCCCGCACCUACACGCUUCCACACGCUGUUCGAGCUCGGCGCUGAACAUUCCAAGACAACGCUCACGCCAAGACACGACAACCGCUCUACAUUGGCCUCCAUUGCACUCGCGGUGGCGCAGUCCAACAAGGCAGUGAACAUAUCGGACGUGGAGGAAUGGCGACGCGACAACAUGUUUGUGGGCGAGGCCGCGCCCGACGACGCCAGCAAUGUCCGCACCAUGCUCUGCAUGCCCAUCGUCAACGCCAACAAGGACGUCAUCGGUGUGGCGCAACUCAUUAAUAAGGAAAACGGUUCUCAAUUCACAGACGGGGAUAUAUCGAUUUUCGAAGCUUUCGCCAUUUUCUGCGGUCUCGGAAUACAUAAUACACAAAUGUAUGAAAACGCUUGCAAACUUAUGGCCAAACAAAAGGUUGCAUUAGAGUGCUUGUCGUAUCACGCCACAGCCUCAGCAGAGGACACCAACAAACUGAGCCAGGAUAUCAUUCCAUCUGCAGACAGCUACAAUCUGUAUAGCUUUAAAUUCCACGAUUUUGAUCUGUCAGACGAGGACACGUGCAGGGCAACACUGCGAAUGUUCCUGCAAUGUAACCUCGUGGAGAAGUUUCAUAUACCUUACGAUGUAUUGUGUAGAUGGACAUUAAGCGUUAAGAAGAAUUAUCGACCGGUAAAAUACCACAAUUGGCGACACGCACUAAACGUAGCCCAGACCAUGUUCGCGAUGCUGAAGACCGGGAAGAUGGAGAGGUUCAUGUCGGACCUCGAGAUCCUCGGUCUUCUGGUCGCAUGUCUCUGCCAUGAUCUGGAUCACAGGGGGACCAACAACGCCUUCCAGACCAAGACCGAGAGUCCACUCGCGAUCCUAUAUUCCACAUCUACAAUGGAACAUCAUCACUUCGAUCAGUGUGUCAUGAUAUUGAACAGCGAGAGUAAUAAUAUCUUUCAGGCUCUAUCGCCAUGUGACUACAAGGACGUGAUGCGUGUGGUGGAGACGGCGAUAUUGUCCACGGACCUGGCGAUGUACUUCAAGAAGAAGUCCAAGUUCCUGGAGCUGGUAGACAACGGGGAGUUCGACUGGCAGAGUCCCGAGAAGAAGGAGUUGUUGUGCGGCAUGAUGAUGACGGCAUGUGACGUGUCAGCCAUCGCCAAGCCGUGGGAGGUGCAGCACAAAGUGGCCAAGCUGGUGGCCGACGAGUUCUUCGACCAGGGUGACUUGGAGAAGCUGCAGCUGAACCAGCAACCUAUUGCUAUGAUGGACAGGGAAAAGAAAGACGAGCUCCCACAGAUGCAAGUAGGCUUCAUAGACAUGAUCUGCUUGCCGCUGUACAAAGUUCUAUCUGACACCUUCCCUUGGAUACAACCUCUGUACUCUGGCACUCUGGAGAACAGGCAGCGCUGGCAGGACCUCGCAGAGAAGGUCGAGAUGGGACUCACCUGGAUAGACCAUGAUACCAUCGACAAACCGAUCGAAGAAUUCACUGCAUCAAACGAAGCAAUAAAAGAUGUGGAAUUGACUGUCACAACAUUAAACUGCACAAAACCUGUCCAAGAAACGAGCAACAUGGCUCUCGUGAAGAAAACUUAUUCCUUGAGGAGACCCAAACCCAUCACACUGCCGUCGCGCCCGCCGAGGAAUAAAUUUACGAGAUCCCUCUACUCGCCAAGCUGCCCGGCAGACGAGAGACAGAGAGAGAAGAUGCCGACGACGGUGUUGAGCGACAAGAACAGCCGCUGUACCGUCGUGCCCGAGACCAGCCCCGACACCGGCCAGCCUAGCAACACCUCCAAGCACAAAGGCAGGCUGUGCCACAUGUUGUGACGGUUAAGUUUUCACUGGACUAGCCAGAGCAGCUCAGAUAAAAAGGACAAAGUGAAACCGUCCAAAUCAAUUGAUUAAAUCUACUAUCUGCGUCUUGUUAGUUCAGUGAAACUAUUAGUUUUAUAUUUCUACUAUUAGAGACUAUUUAAAUAAACAUUUGUAGUGACUUCGAAUACCUCGCCCGACUGAACAUAAUU